AUGAUGGGCGCCAACCUGGUCCUCGCCCUCAUCAUCGGGUCCACCUUCUACGACCCUCCAUCUUCUACGACCCCACGAGCCCCACCAACGAGGCGACAGCCGGCUUUGCCGCCAAGGGCUCGGCUCUCCUUCUACCACCCUGCCACGGAGGCUGCGGCCGGCAUCGUCGCCGACAUCCCCGUCAAGUUCGGAGCGGCCGUCGUGUUCAACCUGCUGCUCUACUUCCUCGCCGGGCUGCGGCGGGAGCCCGGGUAG